CGUUCACGUUCCUUGCACCAUACGGUUCGCGGCAACAUUUUCGAACGCCAGUCGACGCGCCGCUGUUUCGGCUUGUCGAAGACGACGUUUCAUAACAGUCCCGAAUCCCACGUCCUUGGCUCUGUUAAUACAAUUAGUUUUGUAGUCGCGACAGGACGAGAACUCCUGGAUACAGGUCGUCUUCCUCAGUCAGUGACAUCCUCAGUCGAACGAACGAAAGACUGUCGUACUCGCAUUCGACUUGCUUUUCACGGCCUAUCAUGCUCGCGAUCAUCGUAAGAACCGUCGCUCGCCGCUCGUUUUCCACAUCGAAAUGGGCAGCAGCACAUCAGAUGACAGUGCGAGAUGCUCUGAACUCAGCUUUGGAUGAGGAGAUGGAAAGAGAUGAGAGGGUACUCCUUCUUGGUGAAGAGGUGGCAAUGUACGAUGGUGCUUACAAAGUCUCUCGAGGUUUGUGGAAGAAGUAUGGAGACAAGCGAGUUAUCGAUACACCAAUUACUGAGGCUGGUUUUACCGGUAUUGCUGUUGGGGCUGCUAUGGCCGGCCUAAGACCAGUCUGUGAAUUCAUGACGUUCAACUUUUCGAUGCAAGCAAUCGAUCAGAUUAUCAAUUCAGCCGCCAAGACGUUUUACAUGUCUGCGGGUAGAGUCAACGUGCCGGUGGUGUUCCGUGGGCCCAAUGGUGCUGCCGCAGGCGUCGGGGCGCAACACUCUCAAUGUUUUGGCGCCUGGUACAGUCACUGUCCUGGUUUGAAAGUAGUGUCACCUUACAACAGUGAAGAUGCCAAGGGCUUGCUAAAGGCAGCUAUUCGAGAUCCCGACCCAGUAGUAAUGCUCGAAAACGAAAUAUUAUAUGGUGUGCAGUAUCCUAUGUCCGACGAAGCUCUAUCUAAGGAUUUCGUCCUGCCGAUCGGCAAGGCCAAAAUAGAACGAGUGGGCAACCAUGUCACAUUGGUGGCACAUUCCAAAGCGGUCGAGGAGUGCCUCGAAGCGGCCAACGAGCUCGCCGGCAAAGGGAUCGAGGCUGAGGUGAUAAAUCUUCGCUCUCUGAGACCGCUGGACAUAGAUACCGUCGUACAGUCCGUGGUGAAGACAAAACAUCUAUUAACGGUUGAGCAAGGCUGGCCGCAGUGCGGCAUUGGCGCGGAAGUCAGCGCGAGAAUUGCUGAGAGUGAAGCUUUUUACCAUCUUGACGCGCCUGUGAUUCGUAUCACUGGUGUUGACACGCCUAUGCCAUAUGCAAAAUCGUUGGAGGUCGCGGCUUUGCCACAGAUAAAGGACAUAGUGAGCGCCGUUCACAAAGUUUUAGGAGUGACGCAGUAGUCAUUAGUCUCGCAAGUACUUAGGUGAAAUCCAGAUAUUUUUACGGUUCUCCUAAAGCGCAUUGCAGUUUCCUCAUCUCCCGGAUCCAUGCUUCUAUCUGAUAUAUUCUACCUCGUCCAAUCAUCGUUAGAUCAUGAAUAGUAGAAUUUAUCGCAAAUGAGUGAACAAGUAAGUGCAAAAUCUUCGUAAUAUGAAGAUAUACUGUCGCUGGAUAAAAUGUCUAAGAAAUGUUUCCUUGUAAGUUUUAUGCGUGAAACUCUUACAAAGAUGUACGUGUUACGGAAGAAAUCUGAACGUACAUUUGUUAUAACAUAUAAAGAGGUUUGUAGAAUUGCACUUUUUUAAAGUCAGCGUGCAAUCUGUAUAAUAAAAUAUACAGAUAUUGAUUAAUAUACAUCUUAUUAUUAGGUAAUUGAUACGUGAUAGCAAUUGUAUAUGUAUAUAUCUAUUUUAGUACUUAUAUCAGUAUGCUAAUUAAAAUAUUAAUAUGUAUAAUUGUAUGCACAGAAAGAUCUAACUUGUCUUCGAUUUACAAAUAAAUCGAAAUUAAUCUCUGAUUAAUAUACAUUACAUAUAAGUGAAGCUAUUCUACUGCCGUCUUAAUGAGAACUGCCUUUCUCUUUGUGGAGUUUCACGCCGCGUGUUGUCCACAGUAUCGGCAAAGAAUAUGUGGAUAGUACAAUAUUCGCGAUUGAUUGAUGCGCCGUCGCAUAUACAUACGAUUGCAGAAUUACAGACAGCACAUAUGUGCUGCCUUUGUUUAUUUAUUACAGAAAUUUAAUAAAUUGUCAUGUACAAUUUA